CACUUCUUUAUUACCUCCAUUUUCUUCCUUCUUUUAUUUUUUCUCCAUUAAUUACUCUGUUUUUUUUGUUUAAUUUUAGUUUAUUGUAGAAAUUAUGAGGGGUUUGGUUUUUUUUUCUUUUUCUUUUUUUGAUUUAUCAAGUACAAAAAUCAAGUGUGAUUUGAGCUUAUUUGGGUUUUUUUUUUAGCUUGUUUUGUUAUUAAUUGUUGUUGUUUUUACUCGAUUAAGCUCAAGAAAUCAAGUUAUUUUUGGGUUUAUUUACUUGAUUUAGCUUGUUUUGGGUCAUUUAGUUGUUUCGUUUUGUGGGUUUUGUGUAAUUUUUGGUGAAGUUUGCACAUUUUGAUAGUUAUUGCUGUUCUGUUUACUCGAUCAAGCUCAAGAAAUCAAGUUAUUUUUGUUUUUUUUUACUUGAUUCAGCUUGUUUUGGGUGUUUUUAGCGGUUUCCUUUUGUGGGUAUUGAGUAAUUUUUGGUGAAGUUUGCUCAUUCUGAUCCUUAUUGUUGUUCUUCUACUUGAUUAAACUCAAAAUCAAGUGUUGUUUGAGCUUAUUUGGGGUCUUUUUACUUGAUUAAAGUGAAUAUUAAGUGUGAUUCAGCUUGUUUUGGGUUUUUUGUUAAACGGGUUUUGCUUAAUUGCUGGUGAGGUUUACUCCUUGUGAUACAAAAUGGUGGAUCUAAGUGAUAAAGGUUUAGUAUCUGAUGAAAUGAGUAGUGAAACAACUUCUCCCGUAAAGAGUUCACCGGAAACCAGCCAGAGUAACGUAAAGACUUGUGUUGAUUGUGGUACCUCAAAAACACCUCUUUGGCGAGGUGGACCUGCUGGUCCCAAGUCGCUAUGCAACGCAUGUGGUAUCAAAAGCCGGAAAAAGAGGAGAGCCCUUCUGGGGUUAGACAAAGAAGACAAGAAACCAAAGAAAUCAGUGUCAUCCGGACAUAAAAACAUCGGUGGACUACAACAUCCGAAUCAAAGUUGUAACAGCAGCAACAGCACCAGCGGUGAAGAGGAUAGCGGAAGCACUAGUUUCGUGAAGAACAUAGUCUCUUCUUCGUUGAAAAAGAAACUACUGCCUUUCGGAAGGGAAGAAGUUCUGCAGAAACCACGAUCGAGAUCAACUCAGAAGAGGAAGUUGGGAGAAGUAGAACAAGCUGCAUUCUUGUUGAUGGCUCUUUCGUGUGGCUCGUUUUAUAACCAGCGACGAACAAAAAUGGAUAACGCAAGAAAGAACGCUAAGUGUUGUGGUACUCUUGGCAGUAAAAGUAGUACUUUGUUGGUUGGUUAAGCGAAUCAAGUUUCGCCAACAAGAAUUUUGUUCUAUUUUACCAACUUGAUGUCAAGAAAUCCAUGAGAGUUUGAAUUAACAUCGAAUGAGCUCUAUGUUUUCAUGAGAAA